CUUGUUGACCACGAAUCUUCUGCGGAAGACCAAAACUCUAACGUCGCACAGGAGUUUUGGCAUAUAUGAGGAGGCCGUGCUGAGCUUCAUCGAUUCAAGGAUGGUCAUGUCAUGUCAUGGAGAGUAUUGCUUGGGACGUCGCAACGUCCCACAUAUCUGACGAGCAACGAGAAUCCAAGGUUGCCCAGAAACCGGGCAUCCAUUCGCAUCAUCGUGCCGCACUUCUCCCUUGAGCACUUGCCACAUCAACUUGUUAUAACGUCCACAGAGUCUGCGGGAUUGUUGGCUCAACGGUUUUCGCCUAAAGUAGGGCAUCUCCAUCUCCGCAGCAAAGCGACAUUCAUACUGGAAGGUUCAGCCUAUAAAACGCCUGCCUGCUACUAUGGCUUUGCCUCAUUCGCUUUUACAAUCUCCAUUAUGUUUACAUCCCACUCCAUCAUGUUUGCGCUGUUCAGCUUCCUCGCUGGUACCAAUGCGUGUCUACAGUGCCCAGUUACAAUCGCGCACGACGGUGGUGUCAUGCAUAUAUACAAUAUGAUCGCACUAGAUAACCAGACCACAUUGUGCAUUUACGACGAUGACCAGAAUGGCCACUACUCAAUAGUGAACUGCCUGUAUGAAACCGUAAGUGUUUUCUGGAUGUUAUGCAACUCAUUGUUCUCGGUUGAAAUGCUAGCGAUCAUAUCAGGGUAACGGACAGCAGUUGGCAAAAAGCAGUAUACAUUGUCCGGAUACAUUACCUGUGCAGGAACAUUGCGUAAUCUGAUGUGAGGAGGUGGGGGAGACGGGACACCCAACGGGAGGAGUAAUGUUCAUUCGCAGACAGCCGGGUGUACGCCAGUACAUCACCAUCUGUCAUGAGACAUCAAAUAGUUGCAUCUUACAUUAGCCAGUUACAGCAAAUGAUCAGCGAAUCGGAUACUAGGCCGAGGAGGACUGACUGUAGGGAAGUGAAUUCGAUUCCUCAAUUGACAAUGUUUGGCCAAUGCGGCAUUUAAUACAGUCGUGUCGUAGCG